AUGCUCGAGGCGCAGCGCACGUUCCAGCACGUGGUGAAGCACGAGCUGCAGCUGCUGCUGUCGCGCGGCACGACGCGCGAGGACGCCGUGAAGCUGCUGCUCGGGCGUAUCGUGGCCAGUUUGGAGCCGCCCGAGGCGUCGGCCGUGCGCGGCGUCAUGCGGCAGUUCCAGAUGAACUACGAAGAUGCAGUGCGUGCGCUGAUUGUGAAGCAGGAGCUCGGGCGGCUCAAGCGACAGGGACUGGACUCGUUUGCUGCGAUUGAAGAGCUGACGCGGAAGAUGAAGCGCCGGGAAGACGAGACGGAGCGAGAAGAGAGGGACGAGAAAGAGAGGGACGAAGAGGAGGAGGGCGAGGAGGAGGAUGGGGAAGAUGGGCGAGGGGCGGCUCAGCACAGGGACGUAGGGAGGGAGGGAGAAGGCGGGGAAGAGGAGGAGAAAGAGGAGAGCGGGUCGUGUGGUACCGGUGCAGUUGAAGACGAGAAAGAAGACAGUGAUGGACGUCAAGACGUGGUAAGAUCACCGCUACUGGCUGCAGACACAGUGUGCGUGACGGUGGAGAAGGAGGGAAGCGAGACGACGUCCUUGUCGCUGUGCCAGCGCAUUGGGCAAGUCUCGAUCUCGUCGGUGACCUCGCCGGAACAGGAAUCAGAUGACAGUUUGGACGUGAAUGGAGAUGCGAACAGUGAAGCAAACGAGGUGGCUGGAACACGCGACAAGACAGGGUUUCGAUCGCCGUCUAGAGUGGAAAGCUCCUCGAGCAGUACCUUUGUGGAACUUGCACCGCAGCCUCGCAAGCGUCGCGCAGCUUUUGGCGAGCAAGUUGAUACCGUUACUCAUAGUCGUAGUAACAGCAGUGAACGCAAUGUGAAGCCAAUGUUUCCGGGUAGGAAGAAGCAAAAGUUGUGCGCCGAUGUUGGAGACAGCUUUCUCCACAUUGUCACACGCAAGGCCAAGCCAACGUUGUCAAGUUCACCCAAGGGCUCAGCUGUGAAAAGCCCUUCUGGACCGGUGCCUGGAGGAGGGAAGGGUGGUGGCGGAUCGACACGAAGUGAACGCAGCUCGAAGAACUUGCUCAAGCGGCAACGCGCAAGUCCGACGGGUAUGGCAGACAACGAUGAGUCUCCCAUUGCCGACGAACCCCGUGCUUCCCACGCGCACCAUCGACACCACGUUCUCCACCAUCAUAGCAAGCGCCAGAAGAGUGGCAGCCCCCAUUGA